AUGAAUUCAUUUACAGAACUGGACUCCGUAAGACAACAGCUGGAAGCUUUCCGAUUUCCUUCUCCUACGCCAACUAUAAGAUCCCACAAGAUCUGGUCCGGACAGCACUUGGAACCAUAUCUCCCUUCACCAAGAAGCAUGUCACCAAACCUUUCCGUCGGCUCAUACUUCGAUUCGAGUUUUGUCGAUUCGGCUUAUGCUUCUCCUUCAGCAGAAGAACUUCCCCUCAGCCCUACAACAAGAAAAGCAAUGACUCUGGAAGAUACAUUAUCAGAGCUCGAAUCUAUUGUCCGCAAAUACGAAGUCGACGAACAGAUGAGCAUGGAUAACGAAGAGCCCAAGAGUUUCUGGGAAGAGGAUAGCGACGACGACGACGAAGAUUACGACUUUGUCGACGAAGCUUAUGAUAGCGGCUGUUUCACCGAGGACGAUGAGAGCUUUGAGACGAGACUUGCAUCUCUUCAGCCUCCCACAAAAAGGCCUCGCCUUAGUGAACCAGAACCGCCAAGGGAUACCAGUGGUACCGGUGUGACAAGUACUUCCGGGGUAACAAUUCUCAAGCCAUCAGCCAGCCUACGUCUGUCUAAGAGAAUGCGCAUGAAACGACGCCAGCUCUCCAUCCCGAGAAGUAUGCCGACGGGAACUAAGACCGUCCCCGCACAGGGCGGUUGGUGGUCACCAAAGAAACCCUCGCCUGCAUUCAUCGACAUCUUCCAAUUCUAA